ACUUGGACUGUAGCAUGCAACAACCAGGCCGGCUGAGGCUGAGGCCGUGGAUGGAGGAGCAGAUUCAGUCUGGGAGGUAUCCAGGAGUCAGCUGGCUGGACCAGUCAGCACAAAUCUUCCAAAUCCCGUGGAAACAUGCCGCUCGUCAUGGAUGGAGUAUUGACCGAGAUGCUACACUCUUCCGGAGUUGGGCCAUGCACACUGGGCGAUACCGUCCAGGCAAAGACAAGCCAGAUCCCAAGACAUGGAAAGCGAAUUUCCGCUGUGCCUUGAAUUCCCUGCCUGACAUCUGUGAGCUGCGGGAGCACAGCAGGAAGAGAGGCAGCAAUGCCUACAGAGUCUACAGGAUGCUGGCCAGCACACAAAAACAGAGACGCAGGAUUGGGCUGCGGAUGUUCAGCAGGCCCCCGGAAAGACAGGCGAGUUUAGGUGAUGACACACACACCACACAUGCUUGGCAACCCACAACAACAAGACCCAUUUCAGACACACCACAGAAGGUGGAGACCCCGGCAGAAGACACAUUUUGCAACAUGCAAACGCACGGCAUGUGGGAGGCAAAACCAGAGGACCAGGAGCAGAAUGAAGCUGUGUUUAAGUUGAUGGACCACUUAAACACCGACGCCUGGAACCAGACUGAGGAGCAGAGAAGAUGGAGAACACACACACUGUGGGACCACUGGCACUGUGCCGGUGACGAGAACCCGUACUCUCUGCACACAGAGAACUACAGCGACCUGUUUGGUCCAAACUACAUCAAGGAGCUCUCCGAUUGGUCCACACUUCAGCAAACACUGAUGCCGUAGCUGUGCACCAAACGACUCAUCCUCCUGCUUGUUGUGUCAACUAUAUGUUUGAUUGGAAGCUGUCUUGCUAACCUAUAGCUGAUUUCCUGCUGCUGUUCUGUCUGCU